AUGUCUUCCCACAAGACUUUCAGGAUGAAGACAUUCCUGGUCAAGAAACAAAAGCAGAAUUGGCCCAUUCCCCAAUGGAUUUGCAUGAAAACUGGUAAUGAAAUCAGGUACAACUUGAAGAGGAGACAUUGGAGAAGAACCAAACUGGGCCUAUGAGAAAUUACACAUGAGAGAUGACUCACAUAUUUAUGCUGUAUCCAGGUUGCCUACACCUUUAAAUGAUUGAAAAGAUGCUAUUGUCUGGACAGUUGGGGCAUUUUAAUUGGAA